AUGCCUUCAAGGGAAAGGAAAAACCGGGUAAAGGAUCGACAGAGAAAACAUCCUACAGAACAGAUAAGGAAGUAUUAUACGAAAGAGAAAGAUAAAAGUAGGAAAAAAUCAACUUGUGCAGACAGAACAGAUAAGGAAGUGUUACACGAAAGAGACAAAGAUAAAAGGAGGAAAAAAUCAACUCUUGCAGACAGAACAGAUAAGGAAGUAUUAUACGAAAGAGACAAAGAUAAAAGGAGGAAAAAAUUAACUCGUGCAGACAGAACAGAUAAGGAAGUAUUACACGAAAGAGACAAAGAUAAAAGGAGGAAAAAAUCAACUCGUGCAGACAGAAUAGAUAAGGAAGUGUUACACGAAAGAGACAAAGAUAAAAGUAGGAAAAAAACAACUCAUGCAGACAGAACAGAUAAGGAAGUGUUAUGGGGCAGAAUAAAAAACAAGAUGAGAAUGCUGAAAACUCGUGCAGACAGAACAGAUAAGGAA